AUGAGUAACCUAAUUGAGUUGCAAAAAGACCAAUUUCUAAAAGAUUUAAACAAAAUCAAAACUGCACAUGAUAUAAAAUUCCUGGUUCUAGACAAGGAUGUUUUGCAUGUUCUAAAAUAUUUAUUUGUUGAUACUAAAGAGGUUUUGAAUUAUGUGGCUGCAAUGGAUUUAAUUGACUCCCCGAAAAGAAAGGGCCAACCAUCAGUUGAAGUUGUUUAUUUUUUAAAACCUUCCAAGCUUAACAUCAAUUGUAUGGAUGCAGAUUUUUCCAAUAGACCACCCAAAUAUAAACAAGCACAUAUUAGAUUUUUGCCAGGACUUGAUAAUAGUUUGUCCAAUUACUUAAAGUCCAAAAAAUAUAUCACCCAAUACAUUGCGUCUAUCGAAGAAGUGAAAAUGGGGUUUAUACCUAAAGAAUCUCAGUUUUUUGAGACUAUUGGUAUUGAUCAACCAUUACAGGUGUUUUAUAAUCAGAGUUGUUAUGAAUUGAUUGAAAUUAACAUUCAACGUUCUGUCCAAUCUUUGUUGAAUUUAUGUAUUGUAACAGGUGAGUAUCCAAUCAUUAGGUAUUCAGAACCCUCAGAGCAAAGUUAUCAACUAUCCAAAGCUACAAUUGUUGGUAAGAAAUUGGCUUUUGAAUUUCAGCAGGCAUUAGAUGAUUAUGCGAGAGAGCAUACUGAAUUUCCGCCAGCUAAUUCAAGACCGAGAUCAGUUUUGAUUAUUACCGAAAGAUCUUUAGAUUUGUUUAGUCUAAUUUUACAUGAUUUUGCUUAUCAGGCGAUGGCUUAUGAUAUAGUUCCAGAAUUGAACUGUUCCAAUGAUAUAUAUAGCUAUAGAGCAGAGAAUGAAAAGGGGGAAAAAGAAAACAAGCAAUCAGAAUUAAAGGAUUUAGUGGACCCAGAUUGGUGUGAAUUGAAGCAUCAACAUAUUAUUGAUGCCAAGGAAUACUUGGAUGCCAAAAUAAAAUCAUUUGUGGCCUCUAAUCCGCUAUUGGUGGAUAGAAGCAAAGUCAAAACUACUACUGAUUUAUUAAGUGUUGUAGCUCAUUUAAAAGAUUUUGAUGAGGAAAGAAGAAGGUUUAUUUUACACAGAAGUUUAAUCGACGAGUGCAUAAAAAUCAAUGACCAAAGAACCUUGGCUUUGUUGGCGGACUUUGAACAGAAUGUGGCUGGCUUUGGACAUGAUAUAAAUGGCGAAAAAUGUAAAAAGCUAGCAGAUACCUUAAUCAAUAAUGUUCUAUCUGCUCCGCAGCCAAAUGUUACAGAUAAGGUUAGAUAUAUUAUUUCUUAUGCUCUAUACAGGGGUGGUUUAAUUGAAGAGGAUUUUUUUAAAUUGCUUUCUUUUAGUGGUGUUACUGAAGGUCACAACUUUUAUUCUCAUUUUAUGGCAUCCAUUAAAAAUUUUGAUCAUUUAGGGUUCAAACUAAUUAAAAGCCAGGCUAAAGACAAACCAUUUUCUAAAACAUGGCUACACGAAACAAUAGUCAAUGACACGAACAUAUAUAACACUUCCAGGUUUAUUCCUGCCGUAGGGAAUACUUUAUCUCAAGCCAUAACUAAUCCAUUAUUUUUAAGCGAAAAAGACUUCCCAUACGUAAAGGAUAAACCGAUUGAAAUUUUAGAUGCUGAAGAGCAAGAUAAUUUACAACCAGCAAACUCUAGUACCUCAGCUAGCCUAAGAAACCCAAGACAUAAAGCAGCAUGGUCCACUAGAAGAAAUGAUCCGAAUAAGCCAGCUAUUUCAAGACAAAGGUUUUUUUAUUACAUUGUGGGGGGUGUAACUUAUGGAGAAUUAAAAGCAGCAUACGAUCAGUCUAAUUUAAAAAACAAGGAUGUUUUUAUUGGUAGUGAUAGUAUCAUUACUCCCUUAGAAUUUUUACAGUCUCUGGAAAGAUUAACCUUUGACCGGUCUGAGUUGAAUUUAAAAGAUGAUAUGAAAGAAAAAACAUCUGCUCCUAGUUUCCUAUUUGAUCAAGCUAUAGUUCCACCAGCUGCGGCUGCUCAUGUCCAUAAAAGGUCUGAACUUAUUGCUAAACCAGAAACUACUCCUGUACUUCCAAAAAAGGAAGAAAAAGAAGAAAAACACAAGAAACGUCAUAAGUUAAAGAGGUUAUUUAGGUAA